AUGGCCGGCUGGAUCCACUGGAUUGUACUGCUCUGCGGUGUUUUUAUUGCUUCUACAGAAAAGAUAAAGGAAUCAGCUGGAAAGAGAAUUCAGUAUUUCAGUACGGAACACCCCCGUAUAUGCGAAUUUGACAGUAAAAUUUUUGUAUCUGGUAAUUUAACCUCCCGACGCCAUAGCCGCAUGGACCCUUUCUACUAUGUUGACUUUCACGUGAGCACACGAGUGCCCAUCGGUAACAAUGUUACAGUACAUUUUUACUUCUACGAGUUCCUCACCAACGUGUACAAACGUGGAUUUAUUGAAAUGCAUAUGGGUGUAUGUGACCUUAUAUUCAAAGAUAAAUUUUUCGGUGCUGGUAUGAAAAAACAAUUAAAAGUGUUAAGUUGUCCUUUCCCAAAGGGCGAAUACCACUUGUACAAUAUGACUAUCCCAUUAGAACAAAUUCCAAGAGGGUUCCCGUUUACUAAAGGCCGCAUUUAUUCCAACAUCACACUUACAAAUACUGGAAAACAAAUUGCAAGUGGAUAUAUCGAUAUAGAACUGAAAACUACAAGAAUUUCAAAUUAAAUUGGCUAAUA